GCGCAAGCGGCGCUCCACCUCCCCCAGAGGGGCCCGCCCGCCGCUGGGCCGCAGGCGUCACGCUCGGUGACGCGCGGGUGCAGGGCCGCGGGGCGAGGCUCGGGGGCGGCCCAACCGACCGCCAUCACGGAAGGCGCUUGUCGGUCGCGCCGCGCCCGAGGGGCUCGCGCGUAGGUCGCGCCAGCUCGCGCGCUGGCUGGCUGGCUGGCCGCACGGGCGAGCUGGCCCGGGGGUGGGGCGCCAUGAGCGCCGGGGGCCAGUGCCAGCAAGGCGCGCUUGGCGCGCAGCUGGGCCUGCGGGGCACCGCAACGGGGACCAGGGCCCUCAAACGCGGGGCCGCUCUCAGCAGGUCCGCCCCGGGCCUGGCCCUGGGCGUGCCGUGGUCCGAGGUCCGGGAGGCCUACCUGCAGCAGCUGACGUGGCCCGGCGGCGCAGCUCCCAGGGAGUUCCCGUCCCGGAAGGCGGUGUUCGCGCAGCUCAGUGCAGCCAGGAAAAGCCGGUUGACGAGACUGGAUGGGGAGUUCGCCGCCGCGACUGCCGUUGGCAGCGCCGCCGCGGACGACGCCUCCGCCGAGUCCACCGUCGGAACCCUGAUUGCUCAGAACACGACCAGGAGCCUCUCCACCCUGGCCGCGCUCCGCAGUGAGCUCGACGCAAACCUCGAGGAGAGCCUGCAAGGCUCCGUGCCGUGGCCUUCGAAGUUGGCGAGCCGCCCGGCGCCACCGUGCCCCGCGCGCACGCCGGCCGCGGAGACUGAGGAGCCGUGGGCGCCGCCGUGGGAGCCGUGCGAGCCCUCGUGGGAGCCGCCGCUGGGCAGCACCUCUUCGGGCACCCUUGACCUGUCGACGUGGAGCAGCGGGGGCUGUGGCGCCACCAUCAGGCUGCAGGCCUCCCGCGCGUCGACGCCGUCCGACCCCGGCCUGGGCACGCAGGGCCGCCCGCCGUCCGCCGCCCUCGAGCCCCUGGAGAGCACGGGCGAGGAGCGCCGCCGCCAGAGCGCUCAGCGGCGCGCCCGCCGCGGCGAGGCUGGGCAGGAGUGCCGCGCCGAGGCGCAAGCGGCGCCCGGCGCCUGCACGGCGGCCGACGGCGGCAGGUCCCGGCGGCACGCCGGGUCUCGUCACGGACAG